CGAAGCACCAACGGAACUCGAAAGGGUAAUCACGGUGAAAAUGAACAGCACAGAAAAUUCAGAUGAUACCGGCGAUAUGAUCCACCAUGGUCUUCGACAAUACAAAGAGCCUGAACAGGAUACUGAUUCUGAACAAGAUUCAACUCAGGAGGUAGAAGAGUUUUCAAGCUUUGACAUAUCAGACGACGAUGUCCCCAAAAGUGACAAUCAAUUUGAUGAGCAUAAGGAAGUGUCUCCUAAGGUAUUUGAAAACUACGAAACCGAUGAUGAAAGAUCAAACCUCGUAACAGCUGAUGGAGAUUCGGCAAUGAAUUCUGCCCCGAGAACACCUAAACCAGAUGCCACACCAAGCAAUUCGAAGAACUAUACAAAUGAACUUCACUCUAGCUUCAAAGCUGCUGAUGAGGACACAAAACCAUCUUCACGUCUGUCAAGUGACACAUUUGAAACUCCAAAGACUGUUGAGACAAGAGCCUCAACGAUGACCUCUGACCUACCCUCCGACUAUAGUAAGUUGAUGGGAUAUGGGCUAUCCUUACCUUCAGCGAGCCUGGCAAAACAGUCAAAAUCCAAAUUGCCCACCAAAGGUUUUAAAAGUGGAAGUGGAAAAACUUUCUCAAAGCGAUUAAGUCGGCAGACAAUCGAUGAUAUAUCAAUGGAUAGAGACUCAGAUUAUAAUUCUUCCGCUGUCCUUCAAUCCAUGGACUCACUAUUUGCAAAUCUAAGUUUAGAUGAUAAUAACCACCCCUCUAAUUUGAUACCAUCUCCCAACGAUCUGGUUGACCUUCAGAACCAGUUGACGAAUUGUAAAAUUCAAAUAAAAUUACAGAAUGAUCUAUUGCGAGAUAAAAUUUAUCAGUCUAUUGUCGAUGGACAGAAUAAACAAGAGUUGUCAGAAGAACUAGAGCGAAAAAUACACAACAGUUUGAACUCGUCCAAACUAAGGUUUCAAUUAAGUCAUGCAAACGCUGAAUACAACUCACUUAAGGAGAAACAUGAAAAAUUGCUGCUAGCAAUUAAAGAUCUUUCUAAAUCAGUAGAGCUAUUGCGUGAUCAGCAUGCCGAUCUUACGCAUAAUCAACAUGAAUGGCAAAGAAAAAUUGACAGCCUAAUUUUGAAGAUAGAAACUUCACUAAACUUAAAAAAGCCUGCUAGAAUUACCGAUUUCAAUGAUAUUCUGGAAACUUUAAGCAGCUACAUAGCAACGAUGCUAGAUGAGCUACUAGAAUCAAGGGUUGCCGUGAAAGCUUCUGAAGAACAUACAAACAAACUGUUGGAAACUAUAAAGGCACGCGAGCAAGAAUUGGACUCUAUACAGAGUGACUUUACUAAAAAGCUCCAAGAUUCUGAGCACCUGAAUUUUAGUUAUAAAUCAAAAAUUUUUGAUUAUGAAAACUUGCUUAGAUCAGAAAAGUCUAGCUUUUCAGCAUUAGAAGCUCAAUAUUCCAAACUCCAAACUCAAUAUCAUGAACUUGAGAAUGAAAUAUCAAAUAAGCGCAAGGAGGACGAGGUAAAGUCAACUAGUCGAGUGAGUCAGUUGGAGAGUCAAGUGGAUAAUUUGAAAAAAGCCAACUCAGCUUUAAAGAGAAGCCAAGAAGGAAAUGGACCUAAAUUGGACCAGAUGAUUCAAAAAGUAUCAUCCCAUCAUUCAGCUAUAUUAAAUUCCCUUAUGACGAUUAUUGAUCCUUCUUCGUCAGGAAAUAUAAUAAAUGCAUGUGAGAAGUUGAAUGGAGACACCCCAUACGAAGAAAUUAUGAAAGUGUUUUCUGUUGCCCAUAACUACGAAAUCAGUUCAUUGAACACAAUUUUGAAAAACUACCAAGUUCUAGUGGGAGAGAAAAAGGUGCACAAUCUACAGUCCAAAACUAUUUCAGAAUUACAAGGUGAAGUCGUUUUUUUGACUCAAAAGAUAAAUGAUCUCGAAACAAUGAAGGAUAGUGAAACAGUAAGGAUACACGAACUUCAGAGUCAAAAUACCAAACUUAGGGAGAUUGUAAAUGAAAAAGCAAACAAGGUGGACCAACUGAAAAAGCUCAGGUUGGAGGACCUGAAAAAGAAGUGGAAGGCUGCAGAGGAGGCUCUCAGUCAGACAAAACAGGGUGCUCAAAUGAAGAUAUCUGAACUGGAGGAAGAGUUGAAUGCCACCAAAGCCCAGCUCUCCCGGUAUGAGAGUACGUAAAAUUUCAAAUCUAGCCUCUCAAUAUCUAAUCCAUAUAUAGUUGAGAUGAAUUUUAUUCGGAGGGUUAUUGC